AGGCGUCAGCGUCGAGAGCCCCUGCUUCUUUCCAAGCUCACUGCUCCCGUCCUGAUCUCUUAGCCUCUUCACUCAUCAUCUCGCUCUCCCUCCAUUCCGCCUCUCUCUCUCUGUCUCUGUCUCGCUCUGCAGAAAAUGAGCUUCUCUUCCCUAAUGAGGCAAGUGGAUGUUGCUCUCUGUGCUGGGGCUCUUCGAGCUUGUUUGUGCAGUUGGGGUUUCUUCCAAACCCUAGACAUCGAGUUCCACUUGCCUCUAGAGGCAAAUUCCGCCAAAAAGGGUCUCCUACAGCUUGCUCAGCUUCAUCGUCAUCUUCUUCUGAUCCACUUCUGGUUAAGGCUGCAAGAGGAGAGCAUGUGAGUCGGCCGCCAGCAUGGAUGAUGCGGCAGGCAGGAAGGUAUAUGGCUGUUUACAGAAAGCUUGCUGAGAAAUAUCCAUCUUUCAGAGAGCGGUCAGAGACGACUGAUCUCAUUGUGCAAAUUUCUUUGCAGCCUUGGGAAGCUUUCCAUCCUGAUGGGGUCAUUAUCUUCUCUGAUAUACUUACCCCAUUACCUGCAUUUGGCAUUCCAUUUGACAUAGAAGAAGUUCGUGGUCCUGUUAUUCAGUCUCCAAUUCGCUCUGAGGAUGCUUUGAAAGAAUUGCAUCCCAUUGACUUGGAGAAACUUCAUUUUGUGGGGGAUUCCCUUAGAAUUCUGCGUCAGGAGGUUGGGGACCAAGCUGCAGUUCUGGGUUUUGUGGGAGCACCUUGGACAAUUGCUACAUAUAUAGUGGAAGGGGGUACAACCCGUACGUACACUACCAUAAAAAGCAUGAUUCAUACGGCACCUCAUAUAUUGAGAUCCCUUCUCUCUCAUCUGACAGAGGCAAUUUCUGAAUAUAUUAUUUUCCAAGUUAAGUCUGGGGCUCAUUGUAUACAAAUAUUUGAUUCAUGGGGUGGACAACUAUCGCCUUAUAUGUGGAACCACUGGUCAAAGCCUUUUAUUGAAGAGAUUGUGACUGUUGUACGGAAGAAAUGCCCUGGAACACCACUUGUUCUCUAUAUCAAUGGAAAUGGUGGUCUUCUUGAGCGGAUGAAAGGAACUGGAGUUGAUGUGAUUGGGCUUGACUGGACGGUGGAUAUGGCAGAUGGAAGAAGGCGACUGGGUAGUGGAAUCAGUAUACAAGGAAAUGUGGACCCUGCUUAUUUAUUUUCUCCCCUUCCUGCCCUGACUGAUGAAAUUCAAAGGGUUGUGAGGUGUGCGGGCCGAACUGGACACAUUCUUAAUCUAGGACAUGGAGUUCUUGUUGGGACGCCUGAAGCAGCUGUUGGACACUUCUUCGAAGUUGCUAGAAGCUUGAAAUUAGAUGAACUUUUUGAAAAUUAUGGAGGAACCUAAAAUUGUGUUUGGAGGACAGGUUCAGAGUUUGUGACUGUAGUCCCGGCAUGGUUGCCUGAACUCACUUUUAGCAUGCACGUGCUAACGGCGUCGGCCUGAAAUUUUCUGCAUCCUUGUGGGUGAGAGAAUCCUCUCUUUUAUUCGUAAUUAAAAUGCUCUAAUGGCAAUCCAUUUUACAUCCUAUGUUACAAUUUUCUUUGUUUUUAAACUUACUUUUGGUGGUACAGAGAUAUGUUGAAUUGUUGAAUAGGGAACCAUGAUAUUAGGAAGUUAACGUGCACGCCGGAAUGUAUACAAAGAACAUGCUUGAGGGAAGUUGCACGCCGGAAACUGAAGCCCGGGGUCUGGCAUUUGUAGGCAGUUUAUGGGCUACCAUAUGAAUCACAGACGAUGGUCAAUUAGUUAAUCACUGUGAAGACCUAAUAACAGGCUCUAAAUCUCUUUCAAUGUCAGUUUUUUUGGUAUCCUUGGCCAUGGAUAAGACCCAUCUCUAGUCCUUAAUAUCUUGGAAAUGGCGGUUCUUCCCUUUUGAACAGUGAUCGCUUGGUUUGGGCUAUUUUAAAAUGUCUUAACUGAAAUUAUUUUUAAAAUCUUAUAUCUAAGAGUUAUUGUUUUAAGAAGAUAA